UCUGAAGCAGGGAAUAGAUCACACGUACUGGGACAGUUAAUGCCAUUAAACAACAUGAGCUGGACCACUUGGGUUUUGUUUGUGGGCCUUCUGUGGAGUUAUCCUGUUUCCGGUGGAAAAAAAGAUCUCGAAGAUUGUUUGCAGAAGAGACAACAUUUUGUUAUUGUUGAUACAUUCAAUGGCUUCAUCACUGCAGAUGAAGAUUGGGGUCAGAAAACUGAGUCUGACCAGAGUUGCAUCCUAUUUCUGCAGAACAACACGGUGAAACAAAGUAUAUUUGGAAAUAUAUUUCCUCAAGUGGAGGAAUAUAGGGUUUUUUCUGUACUACACGUCUCAGAGGAGUACACCUUGUUGGGCGGGUGUCUGUGUGUCCUGAAAGGGAGGCAGUGUAACUCCACAAUAUUUUCCCUCAAAGAUUUCUCUUGUAAUUCAAUGGUUGUCGUGAAUUACCCAGGACCUUGCGAGCAUACAUGUCUGAAGAGAGCUGCAUGUCAACAACCAUACAAUGUGUGCAACACAAAGUCUCCUCAGGUCGAAAACAAGUACAUCAUCAACAUGAAGAGAAGAACAUGUUCCAACUGUAAUCUAGGGAUGUUGCCGGAAGUUGAAAAGGAAUUGGAUUCAAUAUUGCCAACUGAAGUUGGAGAAAAAAUCGACGCCGCCAAAGCCAAUGGAUUCAUGAACGAAAUGGCCAACGUUGCCGCCUCCAUCACAGCUUCUUCGGUUGCACUGACCGGGGGAAAAGGAAUAUUUGGUAUCUUAGUGAAACAAACAGACCACCAAAAUCUCAUGGAGGAAUCCUUUGGUUUUGUGGACAAAAAGAACAAGAUAUAUAUGAUAGAAGGCAAAGAUAUUCAGACUCAAUACUCGAAAAUUGUCACGCUGCCCAAAGAAGCGUUUGAAAAAGCCGCGAGUCUGAAGGAUGACAUGCCAUUUGUAGCCAUUCUACAAUUCAACAAUCUGAUUUCGGAUGAGAAGAAAAGCACUCUUUUAAGCAAUGAGGUUUUCGCAAUUGAAAUGGGAACUAAUCAAAUCACUAAUCUCAAAGAAAAAAUAUACAUCAAUUACUCGAACAUUACCAAUGAAAGCAACCCGUCUUGUCGUUCAUGGAAUGGUGAAGGAAGCCGACCAAAGUGGACUGAGGACGGAUGUCAGACCCAAAUAAAUAAUGACACCAUUACGUGCGCGUGUUCGCAUUUGACCUUUUUUGCUAUCUUAUUGGCUCCUGCUAAUCAAACCAUAUCUGCUUCUCAACUGAAGUACCUCACCAUCAUCACCCAAGUUGGCUGUGGCUUGUCCAUGUUCUUCCUCUGCAUAGUCCUCUUCAUGCACUUCCUUCUGAGGAGGACCACGGCCAGUACAGCCACAUUGAUUCUCAUCCACCUGGUGUCGUCCAUGUUCCUGCUGGACCUCACUUUUCUGAUCAACAACUUUGUGGCAAAACUGAAGAACUCUUGGGGUUGUAAGAUCGAGGCGGCUCUCAUGCACUACUUCAUGUUGACCACUUUUACUUGGUUUGCCGUGCAGGCCUUCAACCUCGGCCUGAAUCUCUACCGUGGGGGCCAAAUUGGAAUCCGUCAUUACCUACUCAAAGUCUCCAUUACCAGUUGGGUACUACCGAUUGUAGUUGGGAUCAUCCUGUUCUCCUUAGGAACAUAUGGUGAACAAGUCAUCUCCACUAAUGACACUGAAUACAAUGUGACCAUAUGCUGGAUAACGGACAAUGACGUGCACUACAUUGUCAACAUAGGUUACUAUGUGUUGGUCUUCCUCUUCACCUUCACUACCUUCAUCAUCGUAGUGUUCUGGCUCUUUCAUCUCAAGAGAGCGGGCAGUGGAAGCAGCAUCGCAGAAAUAAGCACAAAUAGAAACAGCAUCUCAAUCAUCCUGGGACUGUGUUGCAUGAUGGGUAUCACCUGGGGUUUUGCCUUCUUCGCCUACGGUGCUCUCCGGAUCCCCUCCUACUACAUUUUCACGGUCUUGAAUUCUUUCCAAGGUUUCUUCCUGUUCCUCUACUACAUUAAAACCGGUCACUCAGGAGAGCUGACCAGUGGUCAGGAAAGCUCAGCCAGCAUCAACACUGUUCAGAGCAUCGCCGACGACGAUAACCCCUACGUCAACUUCAAACCCCGGAAAGAUAUGUGAGACUAAAGGGGGACGCUGAUCGGCUUGAAGUAAGCGACUAAAAGCAAGUAGUAUUAAGUAGAACGUGUACUGGUUUAUAACAUUGUAAUAGGCGUCUGCCAUGACAUAUUUAUUGAAGGUCAUUAGUGUAUGGGGAAAUUGCUUUAAUACUACAUUGUUUAGUUUCUUAGAAGCAGACUUUUGUUUGCACAAUGUCAUUCAUUGAGGAUGCGAAGAG